AUUGCUUACAGAAUCGUUCUCACGAUAAUAUCCACUGCUGACGCUAACACUCCCCUUCUGACAUCCACAGAAUCUUUACUCGAUCGAAAAAUCCCUUUAAACUCGUGAAAAUCUAACCAUCAUCAUCAACCCUUCGAACUUUUAAUCAGUCUAUUUUUCCACUUUUAUACAACGUAAAUAUAAAAAGUUAAACUGAAACGUCCGUUAAGUGAAAUAGGUAGUGGUUGCGGUUUGGUUAUUUUAGGUUUACCAGCUGUCAUGGCGGCUAUGCUGAAGGACAAAGGACAGCUGACAUUUGAGGAUCAAUGGCCUUCUAUGCGGCCAAUCAUACUGAAGCUGUUGCAGCAGGAGCCAGUCACGCAAAACGAAUGGCACGGGAUCUUCUACUCAGUCCAUGUCGUCUGUCUCUGGGACGAGAAGGGCCCUCCCAAAGUCAAGGAUGCGUUAAAAGAUGAUAUACUAGAUUUUAUAAAAAGAGCGCAACAGAGGGUAUUGUCGCAUCAAGAGGAUCAAGCCCUCUUAAAAGCUUAUAUCGCAGAAUGGCGCAAGUUUUUUACACAGUGCGAUUACCUACCAACGCCUUUUCGCCAACUAGAAACUUCUUUAGCUGGAAAAACUAUAACUUAUGUUAAUAAAACUCCUCAAAAUGAAGAAAGUAUCGUACGAAAGUUAAUGCUGGAUAGUUGGAAUCAAAGUAUAUUCAACGAUAUAAAACAACGAUUGCAGGAUUCUGCUAUGAAACUAGUCCACGCUGAAAGAAAUGGGGAAGCUUUUGAUUCCCAGCUUGUUAUUGGUGUUAGAGAAUCUUAUGUUAAUUUAUGCUCAUACCCUAUGGAUAAACUACAGAUAUAUAGAGAGAAUUUUGAAAGAGCUUAUAUAGAUGCGACAGAAAGUUUUUAUAAAGUUAAAGCUCCCCAGUAUCUACAAGCGAACGGAGUUCAGAAUUAUAUGCGAUAUGCUGAUGCCAAAUUGAGAGAGGAGGAAUUGCGAGCUCAAAAGUAUUUAGAACCGUGUAGCGGCUCAGUUCAAGUGCUAACGGACUGCUGUGUUAAUGUUUUGGUAUCAACGUUCCGAAAUACAAUUCUGUCAGAAUGUGCUGAUAUGAUAAAAGCUAAUGAAACAGAAAAAUUGCAACUCAUGUUUAAAUUAAUGGACCGUGUCACUGAUGGGAUAGCUCCUAUGUUAAAAAACCUAGAGGACCAUAUAAUCCAUGCAGGCCUUGCUGAUAUGGUAGCUUCAGCCGAUAUUAUAACCCAGGAUUCAGAAAAAUAUGUUGAAAGGUUGUUAGCAUUGUUUAACCAGUUUAGUACUUUAGUCCGAGAUGCCUUCAAUGAUGACCCACGGUUCUUGACUGCCAGGGAUAAAGCGUACAAACAAGUCGUAAACGAUACGACAGUGUUCAGAUUAGAACUGCCUGUCAAGCAGGUCAACCGUCUGGCUGGUUGGAACACUAUGGCUCCCAUGAAGGUCAGCUGCACUGAACGUGUUAAAAGUGGUGGAGUUAAAAGUCAACCCGAGUCAAAAUGUCCAGAACUCUUAGCAAAUUACUGUGAUAUGUUACUUAGGAAAACACCAUUGAGCAAACGGCUGACAUCUGAUCAAAUUGAGUCCAAAUUAAAAGAUGUGCUUUUGGUUUUAAAAUAUGUUCAAAACAAAGAUGUCUUCAUGAGGUUUCACAAAGCACAUUUGACAAGGCGCCUUAUUCUAGACACGUCGGCUGAUUCUGAAAAAGAAGAAAAUAUGGUCGAGUGGCUCAGGGAAGUAGGUAUGCCGGCAGAUUAUGUAAAUAAACUAGCAAGGAUGUUCCAAGAUAUAAAAGUGAGCGAAGACUUAAAUCAACAGUUUAAAGAAGAAUAUAGGACAAGCAAAGGCAGUAUAGCAGAAUCAAUAAACAUUAAAAUUUUAAAUGCCGGUGCAUGGGCUCGUGGGAGUGAAAGGGUAACGGUCUCGUUGCCUUUGGAAUUAGAAGACUACAUACCAGAAGUAGAGGAUUUCUACAAAAAGAAACACAGCGGAAGAAAACUCCAGUGGUAUCACCAUAUGUCUAACGGCACUAUAACAUUUUCAAAUGCAAUUGGUCGAUAUGAUGUCGAUGUGACUACUUUUCAAAUGGCUGUGCUCUUCGCUUGGAACCAAAGGCCUUUAGAUAGAAUCUCGUAUGAAAAUUUAAGGCUUGCGACAGAGCUUCCAGAUCCUGAACUACGUAGAACGCUUUGGUCAUUAGUAGCAUUUCCAAAGCUGAAACGACAAGUUGUUAUGUUUCAACCUGAAGUCCAAUCUCCUAAAGAUUUUGACGAGAAUACUGUGUUCUGGAUCAAUCAAGAAUUCGCUUUAGUAAAAAAUGGUAAACUUCAGAAAAGAGGAAAAAUAAAUUUAGUAGGCAGGCUUCAGUUGUCGACGGAGAGAAGUAAGGAAGAAGACAAUGAAAGCAUUGUACAGUUGAGGAUUUUACGAGUUCAGGAAGCAAUAAUAAAAAUAUUAAAGAUGAGGAAGAGAAUAAGCAAUGCUCAACUGCAAUCCGAACUCAUCGACAUUCUCAAGAACAUGUUUCUUCCUAGUAAGAAAAUGAUAAAAGAACAAAUUGAAUGGUUAAUCGAACAUAAAUAUAUGAGAAGAGAUGAAGACGACAUCAAUACAUUUAUUUAUAUGGCAUAGUUAAAACUUAUUUUAUAAUUUCAUUUGAAAAAAAAAAUUAUUUAGAAGAUAAUAAUUUAAUUUGAUAAAAUAAUAAGAAAUUGAUUCCAAGGGAUAUUUUCAGUCAGAUUGAAGACUCUAGAUAACAUUUGGUAUGUAUAUAACAUUUUACUUUUCAAUGGUGGAAACGAGUUUCCUUCGGGGUUUGGGUUACCACGUUUGUUCUAUUUGUCGCCUUGAUUAACAAAUUGAAAUUCCAUUUAAGACAGGUAUAAACUUAAAAUAGCUCCAUUUUUUUU